CAAAACUCAUAAAAGUUUGAAAUUUUUUCUAAUGUAAACAAAUUGCAUUUGCAAGGGAAAUUGUUACAGUUAAAAUUAUUAUUAUUAUUUUUUUUUUAUUAUUAGUGUUUAAAUAAAUAAAUAUUCCAAUCAAUAGAAUUACGCAUUGUUCUUUUGGAAUUAAUUCUUACAGUGAGAAUAAAACGAAAAUGCCUUCCAAUUUUAUUCUGUUCUUUCUAUUCAUUGGUAUUGUGUUUAGUUGUUUUGUUGCAGCUGAUGAAACCCUUCAAUUCGUUAAUGUGGUUUUUCGUCACGGUGACAGAACACCUAUUCCACCAUACGAAAUGUAUCCAAAUGACCCCUAUAAUAAUUAUACUUUCAAUCCUCCCGGAUAUGGACAAUUGACAAUAAGUGGGGAAAUUAGAGCUUCUAAAUUGGGAGGAAUUCUGUGCGACAAGUAUUGUGAAUUUUUAGGUAACGACUAUGUACCUGGCUCAAUUGAAGCUCGUAGUACAAAUUUUAAUCGAACAAAAGAAUCAUUAAGUUUACUUUUAAAAGCAUUAUAUCCAGGAUAUGCUAUUGAAUCAACUUAUCAGCCAUUGGAAAAUGACACAUUACUGUUUCCCUUAUUUUGCAAACUAUAUAGUGAAAAGUACUCAGAGAUGCAAAACCGAAAAAUAGUUCAGAGAGAAUUUGGAGAUUUCUCUGAUUUGGAAAGGAAUCUUUCGAUAUGGACAGGAAAAGAAAUUAAAACUUUACAUGAUGUCGCCUUAAUUUGGGUAACAUUGGAAACUGAAAAAUUUAUGGGCUUAGAAUUACCAGAGUGGACCAAAAAUGUUUAUCCAAAUGGUGAUAUUCUUAAUGCUGUUGUUGCUUAUUUUAAAAUUAUGAAUUACGGCGCGGAACUUAAAAGACUUAAUGGAGGUAUGCUUGUUCGAAAAUUCACGGAAGAUAUGGAUGCUGUAAGGAAUGGUACAAUGGACAAAAAAAGAAAAUUAAUGUUGUACAGCGCACAUGACAUUACUGUUGUUGCUGUUUUAAAUGCAUUGAAUGUUUACUAUCCACAUGCACCUCAAUUUUCUUCAGCUGUUAUUGUCGAACUACAUCUUAUAGAUAAUGUUUAUUACGUAAAGAUUUUAUAUUAUUUGGGCGAACCAGAGAAGAUGGUUGAAUUACAAAUUCCAAAUUGUGAUCUCUUAUGUCCAUUGGAUCAAUUUAAAAAUUUAACAAAAGAAAUUAUACCAUCUGAUUUUGAAUGGAAUUGUGGAAAAAUUUAAAAAUCUAUUUUGUACAUUUUUACCAUAAAUAAAUUAUGUUAGAAAAAUUA